GCCCCUCCCUUCCGAUUGGCGGGCGCCGACGAAUGUGGCGGGGAGCCGCCCCAGGCUGGGGAGGCCAGCGGGAGUCCGACGGCGCCGCAUUCUCAGCAAGCGCUGAGUUCCUGCGCUUGUCCUGCCCGUCUCGGUCUACUCCUCCCGCCGCCGCUAUGGCCCAAGCUGACGUUGCGCUUAUCGGACUCGCUGUCAUGGGCCAGAACUUGAUUUUGAACAUGAAUGACCACGGCUUUGUGGUCUGUGCCUUUAACAGGACAGUCUCCAAGGUAGAUGAUUUCUUGGCCAACGAGGCGAAGGGAACCAAGGUGGUGGGGGCACACUCCCUGAAGGAGAUGGUGUCCAAGCUGAAGAAGCCGCGUCGGGUCAUCCUGCUGGUGAAGGCCGGCCAGGCCGUGGACGACUUCAUUGAGAAACUGGUCCCAUUGAUGGACACUGGUGACAUCAUCAUCGACGGGGGGAAUUCCGAGUAUCAUGAUACCACAAGACGAUGUCGAGACCUCAAGGCCAAGGGCAUCUUGUUUGUGGGGAGUGGCGUUAGUGGUGGCGAGGAGGGUGCCCGGUACGGCCCAUCACUCAUGCCAGGAGGGAACAGAGAGGCUUGGCCGCACAUCAAGACAAUCUUCCAGAGCAUCGCUGCCAAAGUGGGGACUGGAGAGCCCUGCUGUGACUGGGUGGGAGAUGAGGGGGCCGGGCACUUCGUGAAGAUGGUGCACAAUGGCAUCGAGUACGGCGACAUGCAGCUCAUCUGUGAGGCGUACCAGCUGAUGAAGGACGUGCUGGGCCUGGGCCACACCGACAUGGCCCAGGCAUUCGAGGACUGGAAUAAGACAGAGCUGGACUCGUUCCUGAUUGAAAUCACCGCCAAUAUCCUCAAGUUCAAAGACAGCGAUGGCCAACAUCUGCUGCCCAAGAUCAGGGACAGCGCGGGGCAGAAGGGCACUGGGAAAUGGACGGCCAUCUCCGCCCUGGAGUACGGCGUUCCUGUCACCCUCAUCGGAGAAGCUGUCUUCGCUCGGUGCUUAUCGUCGCUGAAGGAUGAGAGGGUCCAAGCCAGCAAGAGGCUGAAGGGCCCCCAGAAGACCCAGUUUGGGGGCGACAAGAAGUCCUUCCUGGAGGACAUCCGGAAGGCCCUCUACGCGUCCAAGAUCAUCUCGUACGCGCAGGGCUUCAUGCUGCUGAGGCAGGCGGCGUCCGAAUUCGGCUGGACCCUCAACUACGGCGGCAUCGCCCUCAUGUGGCGAGGGGGCUGUAUCAUCCGCAGUGUCUUCCUGGGGAAGAUAAAGGACGCCUUCGACCGAAACCCGGAACUCCAGAACCUGCUGCUGGAUGACUUCUUCCGGUCAGCUGUGGAAAGCUGCCAGGACUCGUGGCGGCGCACGGUGAGCACCGGGGUCCAGGCGGGCAUCCCCAUGCCCUGCUUCACCACCGCCCUGUCCUUCUACGACGGCUACAGACACGAGAUGCUGCCGGCCAACCUCAUCCAGGCGCAGCGGGAUUAUUUCGGGGCCCACACCUACGAACUCUUGGCCAAGCCGGGACAGUUCGUCCACACCAACUGGACGGGCCACGGCGGGAGCGUGUCGUCGUCCUCCUACAACGCCUGAGUGCACCGCUGCUCUGUGCCAGGACCGGCAGACGACACUCCAGUGGGGACCACGCCUCGGGGCAGCAGCAGCUGUGCCUUGGGUGGGGAGGUGGCCGCGGCAGGAGCGGGCUUGGAGACUGCCUGGCAGCUAGAUUCACUUUCCUUCCGCUCUGUAAAGCUACAUCGUGCUUAUGCUUUUCCUGCUCUUCUUAGUCUCACCUGGGCCACACUCCGCAAUUAUCCAGGGGGCAGAAAGGUUUGCAAUGGUUUUAAUAAAUCUGAAUCAGUUUUUCUUCCA